AUGCUUCAUAAACAUGAAAGCGAGUGAUAAGCGUUAUUGCAACAACACGCAUGAUGGUCACCAUCCCGCGUUAUUUCCCUCAAGUUGCCGUUUGUGAUUGGUUGUUUGGAGGGCAACGCUGUUGCGAAAUAAAGUUAUGAAAGCAAUUCAAAGGUGACUGUUCAAGUUACAAGUGUAGUAACUGGUGUGAUCUCAGAUGGCAGCAAGACUUCACGAUCAUAGCUAGAGAUUGUCUAAUAUGCAGUCGUUUCACUCUCAACUCUGGAGUGAUACGCAACUCGAAUUAUGAUGACAGUUCUGUAAACUUCAAGCGCGCUACUGAUGAUAUUAAAUGCAUACCUCAAUCACAUUUGUAUAGGCAGAAUAUUCGAUUCCGUCUUUCUGUUGACGUCUUAAUGCAGUCUGUCAAUCUUUGGUCUUGCUACAUGCGAGGAAAUGCUUUUUUUUUUUUUUUUUUUGUAAUAUUAACACAAUAUAGUCAAUAUUUAUUGAUUUCCAUCAGCUUGAUGCGCUUUCAGAGACUGGAAUUGGACUUGAUGAUUUAACUCCACAUUUUUUUGUUUGUUUGUUUGUUUUUUCAGUCAAUUGUGUCGUAUCUGCGAUUUUCUUCCAGUCAAUUUUCUCCUUUAGCACAGCCCACAAAAAGAGGGAAUGCGAAGAGCACGCCACAGGACAAGACAUAUUGAAUAUUAUAAGAAUAUAUUUGAUCUGUUGAAGGAGAGAAAAUAGAUAAUGAGACCCUGUUAAUCACGGAGGAUUCAUUUCUGAGCUACUCUGACCCAGAGAUCCACUGUAGCUCAAGGUUGGAUCUUCCGCACAUCAAAUAAGAUUUUCAUGGCUUUCAUGUCAUCCUCCGACCGUGAGAGUGAAUCAAGUCACGGCGGGCUCCAGCCAGCAACCGCUCGAUGCCCUUCAGUUGACCUCCGGGGGGCUCCCGCAUCUCCACGGACACUCGAUGAUGACCCCGCUCCGCCUGCUGCGCCCCCUGCUGCCCCCUCUGGCCCGGCAGCACCGACGCCCCCGUACGGACGCGCCCGCCCUGGAGGUACUGGGCCGGGCCUACCCGUGCGACGACUUCACCAACGUCACGCCGAAGAUCCUGGCCAAAGUGGGCCGCAAUCUGCACAACCAACGGCAUCAUCCUCUGUGGCUCCUCAAGGAGAGGAUCAAGGCCCACUUCUACAGCGCUUACGCGGCUCGCUCGGGCAACCCGCUGUUCUCGGCGCACGACGACUUGAGCCCCGUGGUCAGCGUGGAGCAGAACUUUGACAGCUUGCUGAUUCCGGCCGACCACCCCAGCAGGAAGCGUGGAGACAACUACUACCUGAACAGGAACACCAUGCUUCGCGCUCACACGUCGGCCCACCAGAGGGAGCUGGUGAGCGCCGGCCUGGACGCCUUCCUCCUGGCCGGCGACGUCUACCGACGGGACGAGAUCGACGCCAGCCACUACCCCGUCUUCCACCAGAUGGAGGGCGUGCGCCUCUUCUCCGACUACCAGCUCUUCUCCGAAGUUCCCGACGGCGAGGACCUGAAGUUGUUUGAGGCGGGGGGACGCAGGACGCCUCACAAACAGGAAGUCCACAGUCUGGAGGCCGUCAAGCUGCUGGAGUUCAACCUGAAAGGGACGCUGGGCGGACUCGUCAGGCAUCUGUUCGGAGAAGACUUGGAGGUGCGCUGGGUGGACUGUUACUUCCCCUUCACUCAUCCCUCCUUUGAGAUGGAGGUGUGUUUCCAUGGCGACUGGAUGGAGGUGCUGGGCUGCGGAGUCAUGGAGCAGCAGCUGCUCAACUCUGCCGGCGCGGGCGACAAGGUGGGCUGGGCGUUCGGCCUGGGCCUGGAGCGUCUGGCCAUGGUUCUGUACGAGAUUCCCGACAUCAGAAUGUUCUGGAGCCGAGACGAGCGCUUCCUCAAGCAAUUCCGCGUGGACGACAUCCACCGAGAGGUCCGCUUCCAGGCGCUGAGCAAGUACCCUCCGCUGCGCAACGACAUCUCCUUUUGGCUGCCCGCGGCGGGCGAGCCGCCCUUCCACGCCAACGACUUCUACGAGUUGGUGCGGGCCGUCGCCGGCGACCUCGUGGAGGAGGUCGCGCUGCUGGAUGACUUCACGCACCCCACGAGCGGGAGGCGGAGUUUGUGCUUCCGGGUGCUUUACCGCCACACUGAGCGCACGCUGAGCCAACGGGAAGUGCGCGCGGUCCACGGCGAGAUCCAGCGGCGAGUCCAGACCCAGCUGGGCGUGGAGGGACGCUACUGACUGCUCGGAACCCGAACCCCGACGAAGUCCGACGAGCGCCGCACUGUCGUCUUCUCACGCGAUGUUGUCAAGAUAAACAUGUCCGCUCUGUCAUAGUCAAUAAUAAAAGGCAAUUUAUUUGUGA